CCUCCAACUACUCUACAUCUUCAAGAUUUAUCUGUUUCUUGAUCAUGGAAGCGAAAAAUGAAGAGACGAAGAAGGUGCAAAAUGGUGGUGGUGGUGGUGGUAAAUCUUCUUCAGUGAUUGGUUCAAAAGCUGUUGGGACUGUAACUGAAGAUGAUAAUCAACAGAAGAUAGAUUAUAUGUACAAGGUUGUUGUGAUAGGAGAUUCAGCAGUUGGUAAGACUCAAAUUCUCUCUCGUUUCCCCAAGAAUGAGUUCUGUUUCGAUUCGAAAUCUACCAUUGGGGUUGAGUUCCAGACACGAACAAUCGCAAUUAAUGACAAAGUCAUUAAGGCUCAGAUCUGGGAUACUGCUGGCCAAGAAAGGUAUAGAGCAGUAACAAGUGCCUACUACAGAGGUGCACUGGGGGCAAUGUUGGUCUACGACAUCACCAAGAGGCAAAGCUUUGAUAACAUAGCGAGAUGGGUCGAUGAAUUACUGACUCACGCUGAUAAAUCAAUCGUGAUUAUGUUGAUUGGGAACAAGGCUGAUCUUAGCGAUCGAAGGGAAGUCCCAACUGAAGACGCUGUUGAAUAUGCUCAACAGAAAGGUCUCUUCUUUUCAGAGACUUCAGCACUGAAAGGAGAUAAUGUAGAGAAGGCAUUCUUCAAGGUGUUGGAAGAGAUAUAUGGAGUGGUGUCAAAGAAGGCAUUAUCGUCAGAUUUCAAUGGCAAUAGCAAGGAAAACCGUCAUACAAUGAUCGGUCCCGAGGGUGGUGUGGCGCUGAAUGGAUCCAAGAUUGAUGUAAUUUCAGGUGCUGAUAUGGAGAUUAGCGAGUUCAAGAAUCCCUCCCCUUGCUCCUUUUCUUGUUGAUCAU